UCUGCGCUUGCGUAUUGGUAUUUGCGAUAAGGGAUCCAUUAUUACGAUACAGCGCCCUCUGUUGAGAAAACAGUCAACUUUGUUUGUUGCCAAGUUACACACAUAAUAGUUCGCCGUGGCACGUCAGAGUCGUAUACAACAGAUUUCCAGCUCAACUUUAUACUGAUGGCCGAUGACAACAUUUCUCUUUAGCAGCUUCCAACUUUUGACUUGAAACAUUAAUUCAACAAAGAAUAACACCCAACCACUUCCACUAUGCCUGUCCCACUGGUUGAGGGAAUCGAAGACCACAUCAGAAAGUUUAUGCUUUCUAAACGGGUCCGUGUCGCAGAAUUCUUCAAAGAUUUUGACAUUUUGAGAAGUGGAUGUGUUACAAAAUCCCAAUUCAAGAGAUGUCUUGAUCAGAGUUUUUCCAGUAUCCUCUCCGAGGGAGAGGAAGAUGUUCUUAUUGAGAAAUUCAAAGACAAUAAUGGGAUGGUCAACUAUAAGAGGUUUGCUGAUGUCAUUGAAAGCACUUUCCAGCCAGACAACCUAAAAGUUGAGCCAAAGACACAAACGAUUGCACCAGAUGAGUUCCUUGGUACUACUCGUUCAUUGCGACCACUCAGCCCAGCGUCAGUGAAGAAGGUUCAGCUGAUCAUUCAGAGGAUUGCUCCGUAUUACAAAUACCAUGGAAUCAAUAUCAGUUCUAGCUACACUGACUUUGAUAGACAUCAUAUUGGAACUGUUACUGACAGCCAGUUUGCGAGGAGUUUUCCACGACCACCAGGUCUUGAAGAUGAAGAAGUAGAGCUCCUGAAGAAGAGCUAUUUGGACCCAAACACCCCAAACCUCUGCAACUAUCUCAACUUCCACAACGAUGUUGAGGCAGCCAAAGCUGGACUCGAGGAUGAUCUAUUUAAUCCUUUGCCUCAGAAUCAUUACAACAUUCCAAGAGUGGAAAAAGGAGACGAGGUACUAAGGGAGAUCUUCAAACGUAUUCAGAUCGCAGUCCACAAGAACGGAAUUCGAACCACUGAGUUUUUCUGCGACCAUGACAAACUUCGUAGCGGUGUCAUCACAGAGAAUCAGUUCAAGUGUGGUCUGAUGUUGUGUGUUGGUAAAGAAGGUUGUUUGACUCGCGGAGAGGUGCAGCAGCUAGCGGAGUUUUACAAGUUGCCAGACGGGAGGGUGCGCUACAAGGAGUUCUGUGAUCUUAUGGAAAACGCAUUCAAUGAGCCCCACCUUGAGAAGAACCCAGAGACGCGAGUGUACCGUCCGCCUCAAGGUCAACUCUCAAGGUCGUUGAACCCUCUUAGCCAAUCAGAGGAAGCUAGAGUUUCUACGAUUCUCAAGGAGAUGUCUUCAACUGUUGAGAGGCGGAGACUCAUGUGCUUCCCCAUCUUCAAGGAUUACGAUCGAAGUAAAGCCUACACUCGUAACAUCACACCGUCGCAGUUCCGUCGCAUCCUCCACUUCUUGAGCAUUAACGUCCAAUCAGAAGACUUCAAACUUCUAUGUCGUAAAUUUGAAGAACCCAAAAGUGGUGAUGUGAACUAUCCAGCACUGGUUCAAGCUAUUGAUAAAGACUAUAUUGCCUUCACAAUGGACUCAGAUACACCAGCUGAGAAGGAACCACCUCGGACUCCAUACGAUCAGAAAGCACUGGACACUAGCCAAGUGGAUCUCAUUGACUUAUUGAAGAGAAUCAAACAUGAUGUAUUGGUCAACAGAGUCAGGGUUUGCGAGUACUUCCAAGACUUUGACCCAUUGAGAGAGCAUUCCAUCCCACGUAGCCAGUUCACUAUGGGUCUGACAUCGAUGGGACAACGUAACCUAACCAGGGAGGAAUCGAAAGCUCUAUGUGAUUACUACACUCACCCACAGAAACCUCUACAUGUCCAAUGGAAACGCUUUGAGAAAGACAUCGAAGGUGUUUUUACUCAGGUAGAACCUGACUUGGAGAAGACCCCCACCAAUAAAGUCCUUCCACAUGAGUCUUUCCUCAUCGAGAAGCCAGGCACCAUGAACUGGUCUUCAGCAACCCCUGACCAGGCUGCCAUCGUUGACCAUGCCAUGGACCGCAUGCACAAACGCAGCGUCCAGCGACGCAUCCACAGCAAGCCCUGCUUCCAAGACUAUGACUUACACAACAUGGGGGUGGUCACCAAGCAGCAAUUCCGUCAAUGCCUGACCUUCCUGGGGCUUAACGCCUCUGAGAUUGAGAUGGAGCUUCUGGAGUUGAAGUACGCCAAUGCGAUGGGAUUCAACUACCUAAGGUUCCUGGAGGAUCUACAACCGAGGGACCCCCAGGAGCUGAAAUACACCAAGAGGCUUGAAGACCUCAGACUGGUUAACUCUAGAGUGGUAUCGCUAGAGAAGAAUCCACUGUCAAACUAUGAGGAGAUCAUGAAAAAGAUUAAGAUUAAGGUCAGUCGAGAGAGAAUCCGAGUCCAAGAGUUUAUUCGUGACUAUGAUAAGCUCCGUACGGGUCGCAUGCUGAAGACGACAUUCAGGCGAGCUCUUGAUCUUGCACAUCUUGAACUUCAAGCGUCAGAAGUGGACAUCUUGCAGCAAGUCUAUGAAUACCCACCUGAUGUUGCCUACGUCCAGUACGAGCCGUUCUGUGAUGAGAUCGAAAGCAUUUUCACUUUGAAGCAUUUAGAGAAAGCUCCUCAGGUCAAACCCGUCCAGUUCAAGCCUCCAGUUGAGGUCGAUCUGAAUAUCCUUGAUAAAGACUCGGAAAUCAUUCUUCAACGAACUCUGGCUAGACUUGCAGAACAGGUCAGGAAAUCGAAUAUGCAGAUGUACACAUUCUUUGAGGACUACGAUCGUGUACACAACGGCACAGUCUCGCGAUCACAGUUCCGUCGUGUCCUGAGUGAACUUGAGCUUGGUUCACUUGUCAAUGAAACCGAAUUCCAAGUUCUCUACCAGAAAUUUGACAUCAAGGUUGGCGGAAAAGAUGUCAUGGACUACAAUACAUUCUGUGAUGUCAUCUACAAAAUGGCCAAGAUUGAAUUGUUUAGACCAUAAAGUUCUUGUUUGUUAAGGUUUUUUCUCAAAGAGCUAGACUUGUUGUAAGCCUUCAUCACUACUGUCUGAAAUGUUGACUUACGCUGAGCAGUCAGCGAGUAGAAGUCAACACCUUUGUUUUGGAGGUAAAAGGCGUAAGGGCUCAGGGUGUUUGGGCUCAUUUAUUUUUAUGAAAAAGGGUCAAUCCAUGAGACAAAAUGUUAAAUUUAUAAAACAAUUGUAAAUAAUACAUGUAUCGACAAUAGCCGUGAAAUAAUUUCUGAUACUUUGUGUUACAAGGGUUGGUAAGAAUAAAAAUCACAAAGAAAGUCCUCAAGCAUUCUAUUUUUGUUUCUCAAUAAACUUUGCAAUUGGCUUAAGCAAAUUAUGACAACAUAUCAGACACUUUACAAAAAUAUUGAUCAGAAAUUGUGAGCAUCCAUACUAAGUUGAUAACAUGUUCAAAGGUUUCAGUUGAUAAACACUUGUGUGGUGUGUGAAUGAAGACAGCUUUAAAAAGUAGAGCGUAACUGUUAAGUACAGGGAAUUCUUGCUUAGCAAAAACAGCUUACCAGCCACAAUCCAUUAAGUUUACACGGUUAUGACUGGACACUCAUUUCGUGCUUAUAAUAGAAAUCUCUCAAGCAUUAUUUUUCUCCUAAAACAGCUUCAAGUGAAAUUAGGCCCUCGGACUCAAUGUGAAUGAAUACAACCCAAAAAUAUGUUAUUUUACCACUUGUAAAUUUUACCACUUGUAAUUCAAGCCCAUUGUUGCACCCCAACAUUAAUUUGGCAUUCAGUUUCAUUUUGUUUAUGUAAAUAAUUAAUACUCUAUUCAGUUCCGUUGGAUUUUGUUUUGAAAAUAUAUUAAUUUGUAAAAGGCCUGAUUAAAAUUGUACAGUACAAACUUGUUAUUUCAA